GCUACAUGUACCAAAAACACCACUUUAAAAAGGUGGUGUCUGAAUGACUCACAGUGACAUCCGAAACGCUCCCAGCCUUCCAAAUGUUUGUGUUUACAAAUGUGACCUAUAUGACUGAAGCCUAAUUAAUCUCUUAUUCAGUUUAGAUGUAAUGAAAUGUGACAUUUACAGUUGUGGUCAUAGGUUUCCACACAGUCAUCAUGGGAAUGAAAGUCAUGGUAAUUUUGGGCUUUUAAUUAAUUCUUUUUCUAGGGUGGAAUGAUUAUACAGCAUAUAUCUUUAAUGACUUUAAAAACUCAUAGGUGUGAAUGAGGGAGUGAAACAAAUGGAUGGAUGGACUUUAAAAAACAAGAACUGGGUGCACACAUUUGAACUUAUCCCAACAGGGUCAAAAGUAAACAUACAGACUCAAAUAUUUACAUACACCCCUACUAAUAUUUGGUAAAAUGUGCUUUAGACUAGAAGGUGGCUUACAACUAACGUGAGGAGUGUAUUUAAACACCUGACCACACCUAUAAAUAAAAUUAACAUUGAUGUUAGCCACAGUCACUUCCUGUAGAUUUAGAUUUUAUUUAUUUUCAUAGAUUCAUAUUAUUAUUUUAUUAGUAUACAAUUUUCUUUCCCCAGACUAUUUUUUUUUAUUUAGUGGAAAGUGUUAGGAGUGCUAGGAUAAUUUCUGCUCAGUUUGCAGGUGUAGCGCCUGCUCUUCGCCGUAGGGGGCGGUGUGUACAAAUGCGUGCUGUAGUUAUUUUUAGAGAAGAAGCAGAAGCCACAACAAUAACACACAGGCAUUUUCAGGGACUGAAAAUCCUUUAAAUGUGACCUUUUCAGCGCGGAUUUUCUCAGUGUAACGUUUGCAAACGGUCCGUUUAUGUGAAAAGACUCCAAAAUAAUUCCGCACGAAGAUGAAUUCAGGCGCCAUGUUGCGUGUUUCAGCGAAUAAAUAGCAUGUCGUUAAUGCGAGGCUAGCUGCGCCGUUAGCCUGCGUGCACCGAGCCCGGUUCUGCUGUCGCUUUUCCGUUUCAUGUCACUACUGUCCGGUACCGCGUGCAGACAUGGAGAGUUUGUACAAGCGGAAAAUGUUCGCGUCCAUGCGGAAAACCAAAGUAGCCGCAUCGAAGAAGCGGCAGAUCGGUCUGCCCGCCUCCAUCCUGGACGACAGUGACGAAGGGUCCUUCUCGUCGUCCUCCUCCUCCGGAUCACAGUCCGACUUCCAGAGCUCUCCUGAGGACGACAGCGAGCAGGAGGACCGGGACCGGAGCGAGUCCGGGGGGACCUCCAGCGACGACAGCCGCUCUGUCACCCGCAGGAAGCGCUCCUUCCUGAGAGGCGACGACAGCUCUUCGUCGUCUAGCCGCGGCGACGAGGAUGAAGAGGACGACGAUGAGGAAGAUGACGACGGAAGUCACACGAAGAGGAUGGUCCAGCCGAGGAAGAGGAGCCGGCUGCAGCGGCAGGACGAGUCGGACUCGGACCGCGCGGAGGAGAAGCGGAAAGAGGACGCGGAGAAGGCGAAGAGGAGGCAGAGACACAACAAGCUGUUGGCGCUGUCCCGGAGGAUGAAGGCCCGCAUCCCGAGCCGGAGGAGGAGCCGCGUGAAGCAGGGCACAGGAGACAAGGAAGAGUCUAAAAAAGCAGAGGAUGAGGCAGAUGGUGAUGGAGAUGGAGGAGGUGAAGAAGAAGAGGACGGAAAGAAAGAAGUGUCACGGGGAGACAAAGGAGGAAAAGAGAAAGAGGAGGAGGAAGAAGAAGAGGAGGAGGAGGAGGAGGAGGAGGAGGAGAAGUAAGCCUGAGAGAAAUAAUAGCAUUUAAAAAUGAUGCAAAAGUGUUUAUCUGUACAGGACUCAUGGUUAUGUUGUUGCUGUGACAACGAACACUUGUAACAAGCAACAAAAAGAAGAAAAGAGGAGGUGGACAGCGUCUCUGACCCCAGUGUGAGGUACUUUUUUGCUUUAGAUUGAAAAUAUAAACAUUUGCUGAUCUGCUGAGCGCUCAGUUUUAUUUACAUGCUGCAGAUGUUUCCAUGUUAAUCCGCCAACAGCUGGAGGCUCCAAGCACUGCUGACCUGUAUGACGUCACAAGCAAAACCAUAUAAUGGUUAAGUUGGAUUCAACCAGGUGGCCUGCACUAUCAGCGUGACUUACGAUUAGAGCAACAUCUUUAUUAUAAUUUAUUAGCUUUUUUUUGGUUCAUUGUUGUAACACUAAAAGGUUUUAUCUGGGAGUGGUAGUCACAGCCUUCCUGCAGCUGUCCAUCUGAAACUCACAGCCCACCAGUGAAAGGAGCAAAAACAAGUCGCCAGCAUUGAAUUGUCUGUGGAAAAGUUUAUUUUGGUUGUAUUCGGGCCAUUGAAAGAAAAAAAAUGAAAGGGCCUAGUUACGUGAUGUAAAAUUCAGGAAAAAAACAAACAAAUUUACAAUAAAAACAGCAAUAACACAUAAGAAGUGUUAAUAGAAAACCGCACUUAUUUGCAAUCAGACAACAAAUUACAAGCUUAUUUUCACUGAAAUGAGUCCUGGAGUAAUACACAGGCCACUACAUGCAGCUGGCUGUGAGGUGUGUGUAACACGUGAUUAAAAUAAAAACCAAAAACGUACAUAUUCAAUAUACACUUUGCUCGCAUGAAAUUAGCUUUCUUAUAAGAUGGGUUUUUUUUGUUUUUUUUUUCCUUUUGAACUAAAAAAAAAUCAGCUUUUUUCUGGCCCACGUUUGGCCCUCUUGUCGCUCAGUUCUGGCAUUUGGCAAUCACCAGAUGUGGCCCAGAAGUCAUAAACACAGCUGGCAGCUGGCACAGGUGGACCUCGGCAGCCACUGAGUCACAGGCACACAUCUGGGUUAUAUUUUGCAUAUUUGAACCAGCAGAUGUUUUGCUACUUUAGCCUUAAAAAAUACAGAAAUGUGCUCAUAUCCUGUUGUUUUAGUCAGAGCUCUGCUUGCAAGUCCAACAAAAAGCCAGUAAGCGGUUCUCGAGUUCAGCUAGAUGAAAUUUGUGGCAGCAGAUCAGCUGGUGAAGCUAAAACGAGAGCGAAAGCUUUCCUGGAUGUCGAGCACAGAAGCUGCUUUCUUUCCUGCAAAAGGGAAGAGCUGCUUAGUGGGCGGGGCUUCCACAUCACAUCACUGAGUGUAAUCGUUGCAUUAUGACUGCGUGUGAUCUUUAAGACAGAAGCCGACUGAAUCUCCCAGAAGGCACUGCUGUGAGUCUUUAUUGAAUUCUUGAUGGCAGUGUUGUGAAUAUGCAAAAAAACUCUGAUUUCACGACCCCGGAGGAUUCUGAGUAUUGCAGUAUUUAGAGACAUUCAGUAACCGACAGCACUCUGACUCGUUUCUGUUGCACUUUCCUUCUUUUUCUUUCAUUUUUUUUUCCUGAAGUUGAGUUUGAUUGUUUGCCAAUCUUUUCUAAGUAAGUGUGAAGGCCUCGCAGACAGAUUUAUUUAUUUAUUUUUCUUGUACAGCAGCUUUUUAAUCUGUUGCUUUACCUUUGAAAAAAUAUUUACAUAUUUUGAUAGUUUUGUCCGUCUGCUAUCUCCAGCCGUCUCUGUUUCUGUUAUUACAUUGUCAGCUAAAUACCUUUGAAUGUUGAACCACACAAGAUUUUUGAAGACUUCCUGCAAGUUCACUUUGCUGACAUAAUAUCGUUAUACUUACUUCCUGGUACACUUGCAGUAUAGUGGUUGCCCAUAAUAAAUCACAGAUAAAACCAAAUUAUUUGUCAGUAACUGCAUUAAAAAUGCCUGCAUAGGUUCUCAGUUGUGCAGGUCAUGGUAGUCUUGAGUGCUUAAAAAUAAAGUAGUUGACAGUAGGGCUGCAGGAUUUUGCAUAAAAUGAGAAUCACGAUUCUCUCACGAUUCUCUUUCCCAGUAUAAAUAUUUAUUGCACUUAUUAGC